AAAAAGCGUACCCAUAGAGUUCCCCAAUUUUUUUUCCAAAGCCUUUAAUUUUUUCCCAAGUUAAACACUUUAACCCUAAGCCCUCUAUGUGAUAACACUUCAUCAUCACCCAGCCGUCGAGCACACCCUCCCCAGCCCUCUCCAACCAGCUGCCUUUACUGCCAAUGAGGACCCUCGCCACCCCAUUGCGCUCUCUCCCAGCCCUUCAUCUUCAUCACUGCUAUGAGAACCCUUGCACCCAGCCCUCUCUCCAAGCUCUCUGUUGCACCCUCUCUGUCGCAACCCUCGCACCCUCAACGCAAGUCUCCUCCUCAGAUUCGCAACCUCACACCCUCUCUCGCAACCUUCCAUUGGCGCUGCCCCGUCGGCGCUGCUCCGUUGGCGCUGGUCCUUUGGCGUGUCCUCCCUCAAUCGGCACUGUCUAUUGCUGCCUAUCCCUCAGUCGGUGCUCAACCCUCGAGUUGCUGCUGAAGAAGGAAAAGGCCCAUGAUAUGGACAUAAAUUCAGUGCAAUGGAGCCCUGGGCUACCGCCAAAAAAUAACCAUGUGUGCACACUGGUCUGAGUGUAAAGUAUUGUUGAGUAUUCUAUUCCUUGGAGUUGAACCAUAACCAUAAACAUGUUUAAUAACUGGGAAAAAAAAUUGGUUUGAACCCAAGAAGCUAACGGAUGGGAAGAUUGAAGGAUAGUCACUAUUUUUAUUGUUAUGUGCUCAAAUCCCAUUUUCCAAUGAUGCUAGAUGUGUGCUAAAGCCUUGUGGUGCCUCUUUCUUGCCCUUGUUUGAAUGAUACUGAAAAGUGAUAACUCCUUACCCGCAAUUUACUAUGUGGUUCAUUGCUGAAGCGAUCUACAUGCCAAUCAAGAAAGGGGGCUAGGGAAUGAUCGGAGGAAGAGAGAUAGUGAGGGAAAUUUAAAAGAAUAAAUGUGCAAUUUCAAACUGUUAUAUUAUUUAUAAAUAUUGAAUUUAUGAAUUUUCCCUAU